ACGCCUCUGGUUGUAGAAGUCCUGCGGAAAAUAGCAUCUGUUUUAUCUUACAGCGAGAGCGAUCUGCCAGUGAUCUAUAGUUUCCUUCUCGCCACCUUCACAAACACAAUGGAGCGAGUGGAAGUGACAAACGUUACUGUUUCUCAGGGUGUUCGCAUGCUGUUCAGUCUGAUUACGCCAAACGAAUCGUCAUUCGCGACUCUGGAAGAGGUGCCGGAGUACGUCAAUCAGGCCACACCAUAUUUCGUUGGUUUGAUUUUGUUGGAGAUGGUGUUAGGAUGGUUAAAGACGGACCGCCCUCACAUUAAGAUCAACGACUUCAUUAUGUCUUUGCAAGCCGGGAUGAUGUCACGUCUCCCUCAGCUCGUGAUGAGAAGUCUGGAGCUGUCAGCUUAUAUCUACGUCUGGAACAACUUCCGUAUGUUGGAGCUUCCCUGGGAUUCGGCUUGGACGUGGUGGCUUGCGUUUUUUGGUGUCGACAUGGGAUACUACUGGUUUCAUCGAUUCGUCCAUGAGAUAAAUGUCUUGUGGGCCGCUCAUCAGGUGCAUCACAGCUCUGAAUACUACAAUCUGUCCACAGCACUACGCCAGUCUGUCGCCCAGCAGUUCUCUUCGUGGGUGUUUUACCUUCCACUGGCGCUGGUGGUCCCUCCAUCUGUAUUUGCGGUGCACGUACAAUUUAAUCUCCUCUAUCAGUUCUGGAUUCAUACUGAGCUGGUCAAAGAUCUCGGCCCACUGGAGUGGAUUCUGAAUACUCCUAGCCACCAUAGAGUUCACCACGGGCGAAACCCAUAUUGUAUUGAUAAGAAUUAUGGAGGAAUACUGAUCAUAUGGGACAGGAUGUUUGGUACGUUUGCUCCAGAAAGUGAUAAAGUUAUCUACGGGCUCACACACCCAAUCAACACAUUUGAAAUCUGGACGGUCGAGUUUCGUUAUUAUCCGUACCUGUGGCAGAGGUUCUGGGAAGCUGAUGGAAUUUCAAACAAGCUGUCCGUCAUUUUUAAAGGCCCAGGCUGGACUCCAGGAAAACCGAGACUCGGAGACAUCGCAGAUAUUCCCGAGAUUACAGGUGAGGAAAAGCCCUAUGAUCCAGCAUGGUCUCCUGUGAUGCAAGUCUACGUGGUCCUACACUUCUUACUUCUGCUGGGCGUGUAUGAAAACCUGUUGACGAAUCAAGCGAUAUUCUCAGAAAUGUCUGUACUUCUAAUGACAACCUACGUAUUACUUUCUCUGACCGCCCUUGGCUUCCUUAUAGACCAGAGGGCUAAUGCAGCUAUGUGGGAGAUGCUGAGAUGUUUUCUUUUAAUGGCACUUUAUCGGUUUGGUUACAUUAGACAUCUAGAGCUCUUGGCUCUUCCAAUUGAGGUCUUUGUCCUAAUCUCUGCAAUCUACUGGACUCCACAGAGUGUGAACCAGCAAAUUAACAAGGUGAAGAAACAAAACUAAAGAAAACCCAAAUCAAAGUUUCUGUGAAAACUCAGUUUUUAAAACACACUGACUUUUGUGAAGGUGCAAAAACAUUGUAAAGACCAAAUGAAGAGUUUGGUUCCAAAAUGAGAUAACUCCGAAAUUAAAACAGUUCAAAAAUCAUGUUUUUUAUUAUGUUAUCAUGUUUUUAUUGUGUCAGUUAGCUGUAUUUGUGGAGUUAUUAUGGCUUAAAUCAAAACAAAACAACUGCAGUUUGAUUGAUAUUAAUCUAAUUUUGGAACCAAACUCUUCAAAUAUUGCUUAAUGUUCAGAACUGAGCUAAACCUUAAUCACAUCAUACAUGGAUUAAAUACAGAAGGUAUCAACUGUAACUGCUUGCACAGUGUAGUGUUAUUUCAUUAAUAUAUAAAUGUAACCUUAAUGUAUUUUGAAGUAUUAUGUUUAAAGAUUCAUCUUAUCAUACAGAAACUACCUGACUAGACCUACACCUGUGACAAAAUAGAGAACCAGCAUACUUUUGGACAAAUGUAAUUUUAAUGUAAUGUAAUCUUUUAUAGAUUUUAAAUAUAUUUUAAUGUUUUUUAAAAAGGUACUGGCAUUCCUGACAACUUGUACAGGUUAAAUAAACAAAUAGAGACUGCUUAGUGUUCACUGUGCUCUGAUCUCCUGCAAUUCUACAAUUAACCACUAGGAGGCAAAAGCAGUAUUAAAGGAAUUCAAAUUACAUUGCUCUCAUAAUACAUUAUCUACAUAAAAAUAUAACAAGUUGGGACAAACAGCAAUAAUGUUUUAAUUAUAAAUGUUUAAUGAGAGAAAACCGUUUAACUCAACUACUGUACCGUAUAUUUAGAAUUUGCAAUGUACUGUAUACUUGUUAUAAUUACAAGUGUCUUUCUAACGAUGUUGAUGUAUGUCACUUUCAUAAUUUCAUAAAACACAAUUUCACUGUUGUAUAACAGCUGCUUUUACACCUGUAAUGGGAUGAGGUAUUAAGUGGUGUAAUGAUAAAUUUGACUAGCAGAUCACUCGAGGUGUGUCUAAAUUUGCAAUGUUUCUGUGUUGCUCAUUAAAGCACAACAGCAGGCCAGCAACAAUAGUGUAAAGCUGUCAUACAUUACAGCUGUUUGCAGCUGCCACAUAUGAUGUGGUUUUCUACUAUCUUUAAAAAAAUUUUUUUUUGCUAAAAAUAACAUUGAGCACUGCUGUGUGUAUUGUAUGGCUGAAACUUUAAUCAUAAUAAAAAAGCCUGUA